AUGAAAGAGGAAAAUAGUUCUAAUGAGUGGGAAAUUCUUUUCGAAGAAUGCAACAAACUGCCGAAGGGUCCAGAAAAUUCGCCGGAAAAUUUAAAACAUAUUAUGCGCCUUUUUGUUGCCGAUUUCACACGCAGUAUGGAAAGUCGUUUACAUUCGAAAUUCUGGCAAAUCAUGAAGAAUAUGAUCGAUUCGAUGACGAAUUCCUCGCCGGACAAAAUUGUUCGCGAUAAUGUGCUGAAUCUCUCGAUCGGCUACCUCACCGAUUUGUCGCUUCUCGUCCAUUCGUUUUAUAAGAUGCCUAAUCUCAAUUUGCCACCAUUCUUAACAUUCAAAAGUCGCAAUUCGAAAGAAUUCAAAUCGACGACGUUGUUUCGAGUUUUUGGUGCAUUUAUCGCUUUGCGAAUGGGCGAUCUUAUGAGAUACAAAGGGGAAAACGAGAGAGCAAGGGAAUAUUAUGAGCUAUCAGUGUGCAUUAAUCAGGCGGAUGGAACAGCAUGGAAUCAGCUGGGAGUCAUUAAUUCGAAAUGUGGCAAGUUAUUAGAAAGCUUGUAUUGCCAUAGUCGUGCACUUUAUGCGUAUCAGCCUUUUCAAACAGCAUCUGCAAAUUUGAGUGCUAUAUUUCGAAAAUUCGCAAACAAAGAUACGUCCAAAGAAAUGCCACUUCGAGACUUAUUCAUUGCAAUAAUUUCCAAAAUUCAUUUCAUGCUCAAUAUUGAAGGUGGUGAUGAAGUAUUUGAAAGACUUGGUCCAGCUAUUGGAGAAUCGAAAGAAAUGAUAUGCUCACUUGUCGCAGCUUCUGACAAUCUCGAUGCUGAGCUUGACCGUGAAUCGUCGAUUUUCAAAAAUAUCGAAAAACUUUGGAAAAUUUCACACAAAGAGUUAUUGCAACAUAUGAAUAUUCAAAAGCCUUCUGACGAACAACUACAUCUUUUGAUGCUUCUCCUUCGAAGACCGGAAUAUUGCACAACGGCAAACUCUUCCGAACUCGUUAGCUAUCUCAAAUCUCGUGGGGAUUCUGUAAUUCCGGAUCCCGAACGAUUUCAUAUUUUUAUGUAA